AUGUCGCGACUGUCCCGGUUAUUCGACAAGGCUAAACAGACUCAACCCGUUACCUCGGCAAGCUCAGACGACCCUGCCUGGACUGAAGUCGGCAAUGCCGCCGAUCACCUUCUAGCAGAGCUUGAAUCUCUCUACUGGACUGGGCUCAACCAAGAGCUGGACUGCAUUGUUUCCACUCUACGACAAUGGCAGCAACCCCAGUUCCAGCAUAUCCGCCCCGACGCAGACAAUACACUGGUCAACGGCUUUGACACCUUCAUCGCCAAUCUCGUCCCGCAGUCCGCGCAGACACCUCCAAAACUACCAUCCCAAGCAUCUGCUAGGCUCAACGUCAAAGGGUGCGUGGUGAGGAGCGCACAAGUCCGCGCGAUGGAGCUGGCAGCAGCAAAGACCAGGACGAAGGUGAAUGUCGAUGUACAUGAACGCCUGUUACAGCGUCCUGUCGAGACAGAUGCCGCUAAGCGACGAGCACGGCUACUUCUCCAAGCCGCUGGAUUCUUGGAUAUUGAGAAGACCAUCGAGCAUUCACCGGCAGCAAAUACUCCGAUCUGCGAAGAUUGCUACUGGGAGCACCAUUACGGAGAUCCUGCGUACAUCAAACAAUACAAGCAUUCCAUUGCGUCUCAGGUAGACGACUACAUCAGUAAGCAUACUUCCUGCCGUUCCUGUCGCAAAAAUUCGAAUGAAAUUCGACGACCAUCUGGGCUGCAGGGCAAAACAGGGGUGCAUAUGCUGGCCGACGCAAAGUACUUGAGCGUCAAGGAAGCACAGAAUAGAUCAGGUCUUUCAAGUCGACCUACUCCCUUGGCGAAGGUAAUUCACAAUGAUUACAAUAGUCGGUCCGGAAUCUACUCUGCCGCUUCGAGGUCUGGCAAGAUGCGUCUGAUGGGGGACGAGUGGUUGUACAAUGAUUUUGUGCAGGAGAACCCAUGGAAGAACAUCCGUGUGGCCGUUCGAGUUGGACCACUGGUAUUUGAGAACGGCAGUAAAGAGAGUCGAAAUGGGGCCGGAAUAUCCCUGCGCGAUCCGAUUUUCGGACAAGAGCAACAAAAGGUUAACGGCACUUGCCUUGCCGUCUGUGGAGAAACUGAGAGGCAGCUAUGGCGCUAUGUCAGCCCUCUUCCCCAGAAGCGAAAGCGCUUCCAAGCGGUUCUGAAGCAAGUCAUCGGGACUCCUUUCACCGGUUGGCCGUCGUCGCCGGCAGAGGAUGAGAUCCUUACGCUACUGGUGAAAGCGAGCAACGACGGCGUAGAGGGUGCAUGCCAGGAACUGCACGACAAAGUCAAAGCGUUUCUCAGUCCAUGGGUGUCGGUCUACUUCAAAAGCAUUGUGGGAAGAUUGCUAGACACCAAGACCAGACUCACAUGGGACGGAUUGACCAAUAACUGCCAGCAAUUCUGUAACUCGCUGAUCGACUGGGAAGUCUUUGGACCACUUGUCGCUUCGGCUUCAGUCACUAUCUCAGACAACAACCCUCCGCAGCCACUUUACUGCAUGAGCUUCGUCUGUCGCCCUCGCGCAACACAGGAUCCGUUUAACCACCCAAAAAGCAUCACCAACGUCCCAUACGGACUGACAGAGGAGUAUAUCCGCCGCUUUCACUUUGGGUGCUACACCGGCCCCGACCUAAUUGAUUCCCUGCACGAGUACUGGUACGACUGGGCCGGAUUCAACAAACACCUCUAUCCCCAUCAAUCCCUCUUCCCCUGGGACUGCACCGAAGCACUCCACCGCUACCCCGUCAAAUGCGGCACAUGCACACUCUCCAAACACGUCUGGGCCUUCCCCUUCGACUCCUGGUCAAUCAUCGCCCUGCACCUAUCCAGAGACAAAUGCGCCUAUCCCCCGUCCGAGCGGAGGCCAAAUCCCCCCGGCGAAGCAUCAUGGAUAACCAACCGCCUCACCCUCCUCACUGCACUGGACACCCUCUCCGCCGGCGCAACAGCCAUGUCGCAGAGCCUGCCCUUCCAGUCCGCAACGCAAUGGCUCCAUCUCCAAUCCGACCCAUCAUCCGAUCGAAUCAAGCUCGGCGGUAUCAACCGCGCACAACCAUACAGCCACGCCCUGGAGCAGCGCACGCACGACGACUUCUUCGUGGCGAAGUGGGUUUCAGAUGAUAGGUCUCUCAUUCAGACCUACGAGGACAUGCGGGAGAAGCGGUACUUACCGCGGACAAUCCAGGAACGGGAACUGGUGUUCUGGGGCGCGGAGGGGAGCGAUCCGCCGGGGGAGUAUCCAACCUGGGCGGUGGAGUACACCCGUAUCCCGAAUGCGAACUUUUCGGUGUCUGUCAGUUUCACUACUGGGCCACUGCGUCUGCUUGUGGUGCGAACUGUGGUGCGAGCUGUGGGAGUUGUGGUGGAGGCGGGGGCGGGGGCUGCGGUAGCGGAGAUAGCGGAGGCAGCGGGGGUGGAGGAGGAGGAAGCGGAGGAGGAGGAAGCGGAGGAGGAGGAAGCGGAGGAGGAGGGGGAGGAAGUGGAGGAGGCUGUGGCGGAGGCUGCGGAGGAGGCAGCGGAGGUGGAGGAGGAGGAAGUGGAGGAGGUUGAUAUGCUGAUGUUGGUAUGUCUGGAGAGUUGCAAUGUCCCUCCUCAGCAACAUCUCAUAGGAAUGGUCAUCGUGUAA